AUGAUCUCAAUGACCCUACCUGUCAUUGCAACAACGUAUUUGGACAGAACCAACCAGUGGGAAACUGUGGGCUUUGACAAACGUAACAAAGCUCUCGAACACAUCAAGACCGGCUACCAGAAUGAGCUGAAUUACCUCAAAGGUGAUGGGUCUUUUGCCGUGUUCACCAACGAAAAAAUAAGUAGCACCUGGCUGACAGCCUACGUUGCCAAGGUGUUUUCCAUGGCCUACAGUCUGGUGUCUGUGCGAAAGAAUCACAUCUGUGACGCUAUAAAGUAUCUGAUUCUCAAUACGCAGCAACCUGAUGGCUUGUUUGUAGAAAAAGGGCGUGUGAUCCACGGAGAGAUGAUUGGGGAUGUUCGCGGCAUGGAUUCAGAUGCCUCCAUGACGGCCUUCUGCCUCAUUGCCAUGCAGGAGUCACGCGCGCUAUGUGGUGACACUGUUAAUGUGAGUAACUGAACAGGAGGUUUUAUAUUUUGCUUUUCAUUUCUUUCUGAUUCUACAGUAGUAAUUAUAGUGUUGGACACGGCCUAGGGGUUGUUUUGUUAAUAGCUAGUGUGAAAUUAAAUCAUUGACAUCAAUAGUAUUGAUGGCCACUGUUGUUAGUAUGCAGACAAUUUUUUUCUUGCAUAGAAUAUUUUAACUGAGAUAAAGAUAUUACAGAAUAUGUCAAAGCUACAGUAGCUAAAUGUCACCACACACAUCGUUCUACUUCAGCUUGAUGCUGCCUCCUACUGCUCCAUAAAACACAACUACAUUUAGUUUA